AUGGGCCAUAUUGUUCACCCAAAACGGAAAACAAAGGCAAUGCAUAACAUUUUACUCCACGAACGUCGUCGACUCUCAGCGCGACAGAUGCUUGGUGCUUGCAUAAUGACCGGAAUGCCAUAUACAAAAGGUGCUCGCUUUCUUUCUCUUUGUGGAACUAAGCCCCCUGUGAAGAGUGGUGUCAUGAGACAACAGAGAUUUUGUGACGAUAAGAUUAGAAGACUUAAAAGUAUUUCCCUAAUGCUGUCGAGAAAGUCCUUCAGUGGUUACUUAUCCAUUGAUGCAAGAUGGACGCACAGGCGAAACUCGCCAAGUUGUACAGUAACUGCGCUCGAUGCUGUCACAAAAAGAGUUCUUGCAUGCGUGAACAUCAACCAUAUUGGUGGAAACAGACAGCAUGCUCAGUAUUCCGGAGCUUCCAACAAUAUGGAAAGUGCUGGAACUCGAAUCAUCUUGAAGCAAUUAAAGAAAUACAAUAUCUUGAAAGAUGUUAAAGAGAUUAUUAAAGACCGAGAUAACAAAAGUGUCUCUGUCUUUAAAGAAUUUGGCGUCUCUCAUCUUGAAAGAUUCGAUCCAGGUCAUGUAUCAAAAAAUAUCUCAAAAGAUUUUACAAAGUUCUCAGCUUCUCAUAAGACAGUUGAAGUUUUCAACGACAAGACUCAGAAGAUUGAAAAAAUAGAG